AUUUGACCAUUAAAAAAAUAAUGUGAAGAAAAGAACAGACAAGAUACAAGUUGCCCAAUAACUACAGAGAUAACAAAGAAAAUAAAUUUCCUCUGAACACACCAACCCUCCUUCCAACCCUCCUUCCUACCAUAGAAAACGAAAGAAUCCAAAGCAGACCCUCUCUCUUUAACCCGAAUACCAGAAUAAAAAACAAGCCUGAAAAAGCAAAAUUGAAUUGGGGAAAAAAGCUAGGGUUUUUGUGCGAUAUGCACAUAACCCAUGUCUUCAAUAUCUUUCUCCGUUGGUAAUUCUGGGGUUUUUGCUCGCCGGCGUAAUUGUAAUCUGAUGCUCAGCUCCAAUUGCAUUCACUCCCUUCCUCAGCGCCCACACCUCUCAUCCUUAAGCCCUAGAUUCAAGUCUUCGAAAUUCUCCUCUAAAUCGCCACUUGCCCCUAUCUUGAGCUUUCGGGUUGCCGGAAAUCAUCACAAGUUGUCAGCCAAGAAGUGGAAAAUCUCAUGCUUCAGACAUGAGGAGUUCUCAUCUGACACCCCAAAUUCGGAGUCCGUUGACGAACUCCUACAAGAGUAUGAGAAGACAGAAAUUAUUAAACCAACCCUCGAAGGGAGUCAUUGGAGUACAAACCUUAAAAAGAUAGCAGAUGCACUGUUCAGAGCAAUCGGGAAGCCGUGGACUGUACCAUGGACUGCAGAGACCAUUCUACAGGUAACACUCCUCUGGGUCAUCUCCUUCUGGUUCGUGGGCACAUGGAUGAUCCCGUUUGGGGCCCACAUUGCCGGCUUCAGCAAGAGAUCCCUCACAUACAGAGGCCAGGCUCUGUUCAGCCUCAUAACAGAUGUUACCCAAGGCCUAGCCGGAAUAUUGAUCCUCCACCGCUGUCUGUCACGAUUCCGGCCACUGCCGCCCGAUUGGUUUAGGUUCAGCCUGAAAGGGAACUGGCCACUCGACGUUCUAAUCGGAUGCUUCCUAUUCCCAUUGGUCAACCGCCUCUCGCAGUUCAACUUGGACAUAUUGCCCAUUUUGCCCUCGACGCCCGUAGCCCUCUCGAGCGUUGAGCAGUCGAUUAUGGCUCGCGAUCCGGUUGCCAUGGGUCUUUAUGCUUUGGUUCUCGUUGUUUGUGCCCCUUUGUGGGAGGAGAUUGUGUUCAGGGGCUUCCUUUUGCCUUCCUUGACCAAGUGCAUGCCUGUGUGGUGCUCGGUUUUGGUGAGUGCGUUCGCGUUUGCCCUGGCCCAUUUCAAUGUGCAGAGGAUGUUGCCGUUGAUUUUUUUAGGGGUUGUGAUGGGCGUGAUUUACGCGCGGUCGAGGAAUCUGUUGCCCUCCAUGCUGCUUCAUAGUCUGUGGAAUGGUUUUGUGUUUUUGGAUUUGAUGAAGUGAAAUCAUGUAUAACUGAUUUUACUUGUACGUGCCCUGGGAAGUCUUCUUGAGGAUGAGCCGGAUUUGAUAUUUGGCGUAAAUCGUAUUGGAUUGCAAAUUCAGUGUGAUCUUUUGCACGACGAAAAAGUAAAAGGAUCAGGUUGUGUGUAAUAUUUUAUCGAGCCAAACCUUUUGCAUAGGUUGUACAUUUGUUGGGGAUUGGCAUUAAAAUGGUUUUCUCUACUGGAUAAGGUUAGUGAUUGCCCUUUGUUAUUUCCCUGUGUUAUGUAAAGAUUUUUUAGACUAGAAACAGAAAUUUUAGAAAUAAUAGUGAAUGUAUUUCAGAGCAAGUUAAAUCAUAAACGUAGAUUCAAGAAUGCUUUGCAUGUCCCUCUGUCCAUUUUCCAGUUUUAAUUCCACUUGUAUUUUGGCUUUGUGAACCUUGUUUGUAUGUUGCAGUAGUGACCUUACUAUUUUCUGUUUAUGAGUGGAUUUAUAGUGUGUUGGUGUAUUCUAGCACCAAUGAAAAUGG